GUUUGUUUUCUCCAGACAUCUUCGUUUGACUGCUCAUGCAGUGAGUGCGCCGGCACUACGUCCUCUGAGGCGCUGGAAUUAAUCACACUUCCACGGGUCCUGGUGCUUCUAGUCAUGCGCUUUGAUGUCACAUCUUCAAUGUGCAAGCUGGAGGAUCGUCUAGAUGUUCCAGAAGAGUUUUCACUAUCCAGCAGUGCAGGUGGAGGCAUCAGACAGCAGCACACAGUACAAACUAGCUGGUGUCGUGUCACAUCUGGGCCGCAGUUUGUUUUGUGGGCACUACAUCAGUCACAUCCGUGACGUCAGUGGAUCAGGAUGGCUGGAAUGCAGUGAUACCAGCAUCAGAAAAUCCAGCUGGUCAAAGGCAUCACGUGACAUCAGGAAGAACGGCUACAUGCUCUUCUAUGUGAAGAGCUGAACGGUGGCUGGUUCAUGAUGCAGUUUUUAAAAAGAGAGAGGAAACACAUCUAAAGCUAAAUAACAGCUUAGUGAAGAUCCUUCUGUGGUUCCUCCAGCUGCCAGUCUCUAAACUCCAGCUCAUCUGUCCUCCUCAGAUCCUCAUGGUCAUCCUGGCCAUCAAAUCUCCCACCAGAACAACCGACUGCAUGCCAGUUUCUGAAGGCAUUUCAGUUAACAAUGCCUGACGGUUUGACUAGCAGUACUUUCCCUGGCAGUCAGCAUUGCUUGCCUCAUGGCCUUCAUCACUGGAGAAAUGCAUUCAUCUACUGUACAUCUGUGGUUCAUCAUGUGAACCCAAGAGAAGAAGAUUGUACCUAAUACU